ACAGGCUUUAGGAAGAGACCCUUAGCCUCGGGUUUCUUGUAUCUCACCAAACCAAACCAAUGGGUCAAUGAUAAUGUCAGUAAUAACAAUUAACAACAAAAAUUAUGACAACAACAACACCACAUUAAUAAUAAUGGAAAUGCUGCUCCUCAGCCUGUGCCAGUCCCAGGAUAUGGGACUUCUCAGAUUAUGAAGGGAUUUAAACCUGCCAUGUUCACAGAUAAUAACUCAACAGCCAGUAGAAAAACAGGUUUUUUCCCAAAAAAUAUUGGUAAUGAUGGACAUUCUGCUUCAGGGGAAUGUUUGGGCAGACUGUGGGGCGGGAGUGGGAAUGCUCUGCAGGGCUCACGGCUCCCCACCUGCCUGGCUCCUGCUCCAUCAUCUCCCAGUCCUCAUCUCCCUGCUAUUAUUCCUUGGUCCUUUAUCUCCCUGCUUUUAAUUUCCGUUUUCUUCGUCUCCCUUAUCCAUCAUCUCCCUGUCCAUCAGCUCCUUGUUCAUUGCCUCUCUGCUCAUCAUCUCCCGUCCUACACUUCCCUGUCCUCCACGUCCCUGCACCUCAUCUCCUGCUCCGUCCUUUCCCUGCUCGUCAUCUCCUGUCCUUUAUUUCUCAGUCCAUCAUCUCCUGGUCCAUCUUCUCCCUGCUCAUCACCUCCUGCCCAUCCCUUGUUGGGACGGCAGCGCCAGGAUCCCGAGGGAUCCGUCGGAGCCCCCCAGGUGCCCCCCGACCCCUUUGGGAGCCUUUUCCCCGCCACUGCCCGGGGGCGGCGGUGGCGGGGCGGGACCGGGGGCGGCCCCGGGCACGGUCCCCGUGGAGCGGCGGCGGGAGCGGCGGCGCCGAGAUGCCCUACGUGCUCAUCAGCACCCAAAUCCGCCUGGAGGUUGGGCCCACCAUGGUGGGCGACGAGCACUCGGAUCCCCACCUGAUGAGUAUCCUGGGGGCCACAAAGAGGAACACGCUGGGGAACAACUUCUGCGAGUACUACGUGAAUGACGCUCCGCGCGUGGUCCUGGACAAGCUGGAGAGCCUCGGCUACCGCGUGGUCAGCAUGACUGGCGUGGGCCAGACCCUGGUCUGGUGCCUCCACAGGGAGUAGCCAGGGAGAAUCCUGCAUUCCACCCGAACAACAUCCUGCUGGAGAUCAUCUUACAGGACUGGCAGCCAAUUAGUCCCCCUUAAUUCCUCCUGUCCCAGACUCCAGGCACUCGGGCAGGGGGAGGAACGGAGCAGAGGCAGAGCUGGACCCAGUGGAAUUUUGCCAUCCCUGUUCCAUUUCCCAAGAGCAGGGGGAGGAAGGUAUGCCCAGAAUCGGGAACAGAUGGCCCCAGCUCUGCCUUGAGCAGGAUGGCAGUCUGGCAAAUUCCAGCUUUUACAUUUUAAUCAUGUAUUCAGCAUGCCCUGGAGGAAGCUCAACAAUAGCCCUGUUUGCCUCUUCGUCAGGCUGCCCCUGGAGAGCUCCGUGCCUUCUCCUGGGUCAGGGGGUUAGGGAGGGACACCAGGCCUGGACACCAUCCCAUGUCAUCCCUGAAAUCCAAGAGGGAACCACCAAACCUAGUCCCAGUGCUCCGAGAAUCCCUUCCCUUGGCAGCAAGGCCCGUUUCCAUCUCAGCAGCACCACCAAACUUCCAGACCCCAGACUGCUAUCCAAGCCUAGCACAGGAUUCCCAAAAUAACACAGGAAGGUUGUGUGACUAUUCCAGCUGCAGGCUCUAAUCCCAACACUGCUGGAAUGUUUGGGACUGUGCACGGAUCCUGCUGUGGGGGUAACACCAAUAAAACAUUGCUCCAAACAGACCAAA